AUGGAGGACUCUCAAGAGGUUCCUGCUGCCUUUUCUUUCCCCCCCUUUAGUUCUUUACUUGCAGGCCUUCUUGCUGCUGCUCUUCUCUACCUGCUCUUCAGGGCUGGAGAUGCUUGGGGCCGCCGUCGAGAAGAAGAAGAGGAGGAGCAGCGCCUCAGGCGCCUAAGGGAGGCGCGAUGCAGCGAGCAGCAGCAGCAGCAGCAGCAGCAGCAGCAGCAGCAGCAGCAGGAGAAGGCAUUCGCCCAGAACACAGGGGCCGCAUUUCCCGCCACGGGCCUGCAGCAACUCAGCCCAAACCCUGGCGGCCAAGUGCAGCAGCAAGAUACGGCCGUGGGGGUGGCUGACGCUAGGUUUGCGGGAGGCGCAACUCUUCUGGGCGACGCUCCCUCCCGAAACAAAGCCUUCAGGACCUCAAGGAAUUCCGACAUGGGAAAUGUGUCGCCGCUGUCUCUGAUAGAAUAG